GAGAACAAUGGCAUUAGCUGAUAAACCUCAUGCAGUUUGCAUACCAUUCCCACACCAAAGCCACAUAAAAGCAACUCUAAAACUAGCAAAGCUGUUUCACCACAAGGGCUUUCACAUAACCUUUGUCAACACAGAGUUCAACCACAGACGCUUCCUCAAAUCCAGAGGGCCUAACUCUCUCGAUGGUUUGCCUGACUUUCAAUUGGAGACCAUCCCGGAUGGCCUCCCUGCUUCGGAUUCUGACUCAUCCCAAGACCCGCCUACUAUUGCUAAGUCCAUUAGAGAGAACUGUUUGGCUCCGUUUUGCGACCUCCUUGUCAAACUCAAUGACACUGCAUCUUCUAAUGUCCCUCCUGUGACUUCCAUUGUGUCUGAUGGCGGCAUGACUUUCACUAUCACUGCUGCUGAAGAAUUUGGGCUACCUGUUGUACUUUUGUGGCCACUUUCUGCUUGUGGUUUCAUGGGCUUCUAUCAGUUCCGCUCUCUUGUGGAGAGAGGCCUUGCACCACUAAAAGGUAAUCUUUCCCUUCUCCUUCCUGUUCCAAAAGUGUUCUUUUCUGAAUCUGGAUUCACAGCUUUGGUCCUGCGCCACAAGUAUAUCCAUAGUGCAACCCACUACAUUAUUAUACAACAAAUAUAUGAAAAAGUUGUUUAUUACUUUAUAAAGUUGUUGCAUAUGCGAAGUUGCUUGAUGUAAUGACACGUAAUGUUACAUGAGAUGAAAUAGCAGUAGAGAAUUAGAACAAAUUUUUAACUCUUGGGUUACUCUAAACUGGGGUGCACACGGUUCAUUAGGACAGAACCGGAAUCGUAUAGUUCUACAGAAUCGUUGACUGAAGAUGAUGAAACCGUGGUGAUAACGAGACGACGGCAUCACGACGGUAUGUGAGAAAAUAAGAGGCCGGAAUUACCAAUGAAUAACGAAUACAGAAGAUGGGAGGCGGCCGCUUCACCAAAGAAGAGAUGAGAGGUUUUUCAUAAAUAAAAAAAAUAAAUAAAUAAAUAAAAAA